UUUUUCUUUUAGAUUAUACUAAAAAAAAAACUUAACCACGCAUUAAUCUCAAAUACACUCUUAGUUCCGAGUGAAAUAUCACAUAGUAACAAAGAGGGAAUAUAUAUAUAUAUAUAUAUUCUUAAAAAUAUUUCAUCAACUUGGUAGAAUUGACUUAGUAUUUAUGAUGUCUCAAACUAAUGUAUUCAUGUUGGUGGUGAUUGUUGUCUUGGCUUGCUCGGCCAAGGUUUGGAGCUCUUUCCUCGCCUGUAAGGCCUUUGGUAUCUCUGCUCGGGAUGCUAUUCCUCUUGGAGUUCUUAUGAAUACAAAAGGCCUUUUGGCUCUGAUUGUUAUUGGCAUCGGCCGAGAUGUACAGGCUUUGGACAAUGUUACAUAUCCUGCAAUGGUGAUUGUGUUUGUGGUGAUGACAUCUCUGUGAAACCUUUCCCCUAUUGGGCUUCUCGGUCUUCAAAGCAUCUCAAGAAAUACAAAUCAUUACCUAAACCAGACCAGACACAUCAACAGUUUUUCGAACAUCACAAAUUUGAUGCAGGUGGUUUGAUCAGUCAGUUGUAAAUCUACCACAACUAGGUUACAUGGAUAGUCUUUCAAUGAUGUUUAUGGACUGAUUCCCAAGAAGAGGCUUGGGUUGCAGGGUGAUAGAUCUGACCUAUAAAUUUCGAUCCGAUCAUUGGAUUGAAUUAUGCUUAAGUUUUAUCAAGAGGUUCUAUAGCCCAGUUCUAUAAAAGGGAUGGGCUUGUAAUCAACUAUAGUUUUAUUAUUUUUCCUCUAUUUUCAGA